AAAACAUGAUGCUUUGAUUUGUUUUGCUUUGAAUUGCAUUCUCAGAACUUAAAAACAAAAAGAAAAAGGGUUUUCUUGACAACUCCAUUCGAUUCAUCUGAAAUUCUCGUUUUCUCCAAAAUGGGGUUAUGGGAUUCCCUCCUCAAUUGGCUCAGCAGUAUGCCUAUGAUGGAAGACGGGGAUCAUACUGGUGUGGACAGUGAGGAGCAACCAUUAGAACAUAUUAUAGGGCACGAGAAAUCCGCAACUGGCAUUUUGUGCUUGCUGAAAACUUGCCAUGGCAAUGAGGCUUCUAAUCUUCUGUUGACCAAGGACGUGUUGGGUAUUGUUGCUACACUUGGGAAAGUGGAUGAUGACAAUCUCAGCAGGCUUCUCUCGGAGUACUUGGGUAUAGAAACUAUGUUGGCAGUUGUCUGCAAGACUUAUGAUGGUGUUAAAGCUCUGGAAACAUAUGAAAAUGAUGGUUCUGUAAGUAAAAGUUCUGGUCUUCACGGGCUUGGACCUUCCAUAGGGAGGCAUUUGGAUGGCCGUUUUCAAGUCAUUUGUCUUGAAAAUUUAAGGUAUGUGGCCCCAUGUACCAUCUUUUUCUUGUGCAAUCUGGAGUUCUAGUUUGUUGAUACUAUAAAACAUUUUUUUUUCUUGUUAGACCAUUCCAUGGUGAGUUUGAAGCUGAGGACCCCCAGAUGCAGCUUGAUCUUUUCAAGCCAAGAUCAUAUUGUAAAUAGUUUUUAAACUUUUUGUUGCCUCAGUUGCAGAUCGUAUGUUCAGAUCUGGUGCUGUUAAUCUCAUCUGCGUUGAUUCUGUCUCAGCUCUUACUCCACGAGCUGAGAUUGAAGCAAGUUACAUUGUUUUUAUUUUCAGAAUACAGAAGUUGACAAGAUUGCUAAUGCCUGACACAUCCUUGGGUUUGUUUGUUGUACAUAGGGGGAAAUUGGAAUGCUGCAGAUGGGUUUGCAAGCAUGUCUCAUGAGCCAAGCUCUGCGUAAAAUGUCUGGAAAUGCGUCCAAAAUUGGAUGUACUCGUAUUUUUCUGAAUCAAAUAAGACACAAGGUAAUUUUGAUUAAUAAGGUGUAAAAUAGAGCCCUGAAGACUAGAGGAAACACUCUGUUACAAUCACUUUCUUCAAUCACUCUCACAAUUACUACAACUCAAGGUCCAGUACCAAAGGUUCGUUCAUUUCCAUCAAUUUUCUCAUCAUUUUCCUUGUAAUUUUCCAUUUCACUAUGUUUUCCCCUGUUAAAUCAUAUAUUUUGCAUACACAAACACACACACACACAUAUAUAUACACACUAGGGGUAUAAGCCCACCUGAUGGGUGUGCUAUUAAAUUUGUAAAAUAUAAAUUUUAAUUUUGAAUUAGUAAUAUAUAUAAUGUUUGUUGAUCAAGUGGUAAUGGUGUUGUUUUCCAAACUCGAGAUCUUAAGUUCAAAUCUUGUACACUUCACUUUAUAAAUUUUUUUUCUCUUUUUUUAUAUAAAAAAAUCCACUUGGCAAAAGGAAAGAGUAGGCUUCAAGACACUAAAGUGAGUUCUUCACACAUAUAUAACUAGCGGUUUCCACACGCGAUGCGUGUGCAAUUCAAAUAAAUAAAAAUAAAAUAAAACAUUUAUCAUAUAUUAUGUGCUAGUUAAGUGGUAAGAAUUUUAUUUAUUUGACAUAAAUCUAAGGUUCAAAUCCCCUCAUCUCAUCUAUCUAAUUUUUUUUUUUUAAAUUUCAAAUAAAAAAGUAGACACGUGGCAGCAUAAGAAACAAAGCUUCAAGACACCAUAAGGAGUGUUCACUUUAUAAUAGUAUAGAUAGAUAGAUAGAUAGAUAGAUAGAUAAUAUAGAUAUGUAGUUUAUACAGAAUUAUUUGUAGUGAAGUAAUUUUAUUGGUUUGAAAGGAGUUUGAAUACUGUUCUUAAUUAGAUAAGUGGUCGUUGUUGUUUGUGAGUAGGAAGCUAAAAUAGUCUAUUUGUUUAUCAAAUCAUACUGAGUUUUGCUGGCUGACUGAGUUGCUUUCUUCUUUCCUUCAUCUAGAAACUUUUCGAAAACCAUGAUUCUCAAUGCAUGGUUUUUCAAUUCACAGUUUACUCUUGAUUCUUAAAAUAGGUAAUCUUUCUCAUUGAUUUGAAAUUGAGGAUUCUCAAUGCUGGUUUUUCAGUUCACAGUUUAGUGUUGAUUCUUAAAAUAGGUAAAUCAUUUUACAGUUCGAUACGUGAUUUUAUCACUAUAGUUCUGAUUUGGAACAAGACUAGAUCGUUUAGAUACAUACAUACAUAUAUAUAUGCAUACAUAUAAUUUGUUAUUUUUUGUAAACACUAGAGUACUUAAUUAUGCCAAUGACUUCCCCAUCUUCAGUGAGCAUUGAAAGCGAACA